GGUGUCCACCUGCAGCCAUUUGCAUGUGUACAGCCUACUUUGUCUCCAGUUUUUAAACUGUACAAGUUGUGCUUCUUAAUCUCUCCGUCUUGCCUUGUUCUGGGGAGGUGGUUAUUCAUCAUUUGGAAUCACCUUUCCCCCUCCCAUGUGCUUUUUUUCAUUUGAGACCUAUUGACCUUUGGUUUUCUUCGGGAGGGGGAAGGGUGAUAAUUUUAAAUUUCUGUUUCCCUGGUUUCCUUCUGUAUUCUUCUCCGGUGUUUCCCUCGUCCCAUUUUCUUGUCUGUUCUGCCGCUGUGUGGGCCUGGGCUAUGCGGCAGGGCAGACCUCCCAUCAGAGCUCCAACAUGCCCGCAGAGUCUGGAAAGAGAUUCAAGCCCAGCAAGUAUGUUCCGGUCUCAGCAGCCGCCAUCUUCUUAGUGGGAGCCACGACCCUUUUCUUUGCCUUUACCUGUCCAGGACUAAGCCUCUGUGUGUCACCUGCAGUGCCCAUCUACAAUGCGAUUGUUUUUCUCUUUGUGCUGGCCAACUUCAGCAUGGCCACCUUCAUGGACCCAGGGAUUUUCCCUCGAGCUGAGGAGGAUGAAGACAAGGAAGAUGACUUCCGAGCUCCUCUUUAUAAAACAGUGGAGAUUAAGGGCAUCCAGGUACGCAUGAAGUGGUGUGCCACCUGCCGUUUCUACCGUCCUCCUCGAUGUUCCCACUGCAGUGUCUGUGACAACUGUGUGGAGGAGUUUGAUCAUCACUGCCCGUGGGUGAACAACUGUAUCGGUCGCCGGAACUACCGCUAUUUCUUCCUCUUCCUCCUCUCUCUGACAGCGCACAUCAUGGGUGUGUUUGGCUUUGGCCUCCUUUAUGUCCUCUACCACAUGGAGGAACUCUCAGGGGUCCGCACGGCUGUCACAAUGGCAGUGAUGUGUGUGGCUGGCUUAUUCUUCAUCCCUGUAGCUGGCCUCACGGGAUUUCAUGUGGUGCUGGUGGCUAGGGGCCGCACAACCAAUGAACAGGUUACGGGUAAAUUCCGAGGCGGUGUGAACCCCUUCACCAAUGGCUGCUGUAACAAUGUCAGCCGUGUGCUCUGCAGUUCUCCAGCACCCAGGUAUUUGGGGAGACCAAAGAAAGAGAAGACAAUUGUCAUCAGACCUCCCUUCCUCCGACCAGAAGUGUCAGAUGGGCAGAUAACUGUGAAGAUCAUGGACAAUGGCAUCCAGGGAGAGCUGAGGAGAAGCAAGUCUAAGGGGAGCUUGGAGGUCACGGAGAGCCAGUCUGCAGAUGCUGAACCUCCACCUCCUCCGAAGCCGGACCUGAGCCGUUACACAGGGCUACGGACGCACCUCACCCUGGCUGCUAAUGAGGAUAGCAGCCUCCUGGGCAAGGACAGCCCUCCCACACCUACCAUGUACAAGUAUCGGCCGGGCUACAGUAGCAGCAGUACAUCAGCUGCCAUGCCUCAUUCCUCCAGCGCCAAGUUGAGUCGUGGGGACAGCUUGAAGGAGCCAACCUCAAUUGCAGAGAGCAGCCGCCAUCCCAGCUACCGCUCAGAGCCCAGCUUGGAGCCAGAGAGUUUUCGUUCUCCCACCUUUGGCAAAAGCUUUCACUUCGAUCCACUAUCCAGUGGCUCACGCUCCUCCAGCCUCAAGUCAGCCCAGGGCACUGGCUUUGAGUUGGGCCAGUUGCAAUCCAUUCGUUCAGAGGGCACAACCUCCACCUCCUAUAAGAGCCUGGCCAACCAGACACGCAAUGGAAGCCUAUCUUACGACAGCCUGCUUACUCCUUCAGACAGCCCUGAUUUUGAGUCAGUGCAGGCAGGGCCUGAGCCAGACCCACCUUUAGGCUACACCUCUCCCUUCCUGUCAGCCCGGCUGGCCCAGCAACGGGAAGCCGAGAGGCACCCACGUUUGGUGCCAACCGGCCCAACACACCGAGAGCCCUCACCAGUCCGGUACGACAAUCUGUCGCGCCAUAUUGUGGCCUCCCUCCAGGAACGAGAGAAGCUGCUACGCCAGUCACCCCCACUCCCAGGCCGUGAGGAAGAACCAGGCUUGGGGGACUCAGGCAUUCAGUCAACACCGGGCUCAGGCCAUGCCCCUCGUACUAGUUCCUCCUCAGAUGAUUCAAAGAGAUCACCCUUGGUCAAGACUCCACUGGGACGCCCAGCUGCCCCCCGUUUUGGCAAGCCAGAUGGGCUAAGGGGCCGGGGACUAGGUUCCCCUGAACCAGGCCCAACUGCCCCGUACCUGGGCCGAUCUAUGUCUUACAGCAGCCAAAAAGCCCCAGCUGGUGUCUCUGAGGCAGAGGAAGUAGCCUUGCAGCCAUUACUGACACCCAAAGAUGAAGUACAGCUCAAGACCGCCUACAGCAAAUCAAAUGGGCAGCCCAAGAGUAUAGGCUCAGCUUCCCCUGGCCCAGGCCAGCAACCUCUCAGCAGCCCCACAAGGGGCGGAGUCAAGAAGGUGUCAGGGGUGGGUGGUACCACCUAUGAGAUUUCCGUGUGAGCCUUCGGCACCUCCCUUCCCCCCACGCCUCUGCGCCUACACCAAAGGGCCCCAGGUGGCCACCUUCCUUUCCUCAAGGGGCUCCCUUCCCCUGCAUGGACAUUUUUUUAAACCACCGAUUCCAAGAGGAUGAGGAGUGUUUCAUAAAAUGCAGCGGGGCUGGGGAGUCGGAGAGUUGGGGCCCUGAGACUGGGGUAGCAACCCCCUUCACCUUUUAAGACCUUCCCCCUCCUUAACCCCUGGACCAGACUCAGUGGACAUUUGUGCAAUUGCUCGCCCUGGAGGGAACCAGAUCAUUUUUAAACCAGAAAUAAUUUUUUUUAUUAUUGUUACGGAUUCUAUUUUUUUCCUCUCUGCGUUACCAGGUGUGUGUGUACAUAUAUAUAUAUAUAUAUACAUAUAUAUAUAUUAUAAAUAUCAAAGAAAUUCUAUAUCUAUCCUGGGAUGGGAAAAUGAGGGAGGGAUAUGUAGAAGGAGGGGUAUCUUACUCUUCCCAUUCCGCAGACCAGCAGGAAAGCAGCGGGGACAUCCAUCAAAGUCUUCCUUUUCCCAGUGGUUCCCUCUCUUUUGUCCCAGUUACCAACUGAGGAAAGUGUACCCCCUGGUGUGGGUGCGUAGUGAUCAGGAAAGAAAGCUCUGGAGAGGCGAGUCUGGGGUCUUGGUCAGAGGAGGGAAGGACUUGGAGAGGAGAGUUAGUUUUCUAGGUUCAUUGGCACUUAGCUUCCCCAGGAAAGGGGUCACAGCCCCAUGACUUUGGUGGUGGUGGGGAGAUCAGGAAGAGAGCUUGGCUGAGCUCCAGAAACAAUAUUGGAUAACCUCCCCCUUCUUGGGGGAGAGGGAUUAGGGUGGGCCUCUCUAGUCCCCUCAGAGCCUUCCCCCAACUCACAUGGUUCACAUUAUUUUUAAAUCCAAGGCCGGGAGAGAUGAAUCCAAAAAGCAAUAUUUUUCAUCACAUGCCAAAAACGGGAUAGAGAGAAGGAGUGGCAGGCCUAGGCCCCUCCGAUUGUCUCUUGGGGGUUACCCCUCAGCCCACCUCAGUAUGGUGCUGGGUAGUGGGGGUACCUGGGUUCUAACCUCUAAAUAGGGGAGACCCCAGCCUCUAGACAGAGGCCCUUUUAUUUUUUAUUCUGAUUAGCCAUUUUAAACCAACAAGGAAUAAAAAGAAAUCCUGAUC